AUGGAUCGUCAACGCGCCUAUUUACUUAUGCAUCUGCUGAUCGAGAUCUGCCGUUUCUACGAGCCAUUGGAAAUAAUCUUUCCUGGUCGUUUUCUACAGCAACCACAACAGCAACAACAGGGGAUUAGCGCAAACGCUCGAUGUUUCGGUGCCACGGGAGAUCAAAUUUACCAAGUAGGCUUCGGGCCCAAUGAUCAGGCAGAGCGUGGUCAGGGUGACGGAGCUUCGGCUGAAAUCGAGCUUGAGCAGGACCAAGACCAGGAGGCAGAGUUAGUGGCCGCCUCAUUUUAA